CACUUUUCCUAACGUUUCCGCCGAUGCUGACUGUUCCGUCCCUUUCUACUCCCUCCCACCUCUCCUUACCUUAAUUAAUUACUCCUUUUCGACCCGACCUCUAAUUCUUCAUUCUUCACUCUUCACAUCCAUGGAUGCUGAAACAUUCUUCGACGAUACCGAUAUCUUCAGCGUUCUCGAAGCAUGGGAGAACGAGAGCUUCCACUUCCAAACCUCGCCCUCCAUUCUUAAGAGACCUGCCGAGGUGGAGGCCGAGCUCGACGCCGACGCCUGCAAGCGCCACAAGCUCACUGAAGAAGCUGCCGGCCACAACAAAGUGUCGCACAUCACCGUCGAGAGAAACCGCCGGAAGCAAAUGAACGAGCAUCUCUCCGUGCUUCGCUCCUUGAUGCCUUGUUUCUAUGUCAAAAGAGGCGACCAAGCAUCGAUAAUAGGCGGAGUGGUGGAUUACAUCAACGAGCUGCAGCAGGUGCUGCAAUCUUUGGAAGCCAAGAAACAGCGCAAAGCAGCUUACAACGAAGUAGUGGUGAGCCCGGGCCCGAGGAUAGUGUCGAGCCCGAGGCUGAGCCCGAGGACCCCACAGCCGCAGCCAAGCAGCCCCUACAAUUACAAACCCUGGUCUCUCCCCAGCCCCGUCGAUCCUUCUCCCUCCAAUUCUUCUACCUCCUCUUCCAUAAACGACGCCGUCAAUGAGCUCGUCGCCACCUCCAAAUCACCCAUAGCUCAAGUCGAGGUCAAGUUUUCCGGCCCCAAUCUGCUGCUCAAGACAGCUUCGCACCGCAUCCCGGGCCAAGUGCUCAAGAUCAUUUCUGCACUCGAACAACUCGCCCUCGAAAUCCUACACGUCAGCAUCAGCACCCUCGAUCAUGCAAUGCUCAAUUCUUUCACCAUUAAGAUUGGGAUUCAGUGCCAACUGAGUGCAGAAGAGUUGGCGGAGCAGAUUCAGCAGACAUUCUGCUAGCUAGUGGGAUACUUGGUCGAUCUUCUGUAUACGAGAGAGAGAGAGAGAGAGCAUUUGCAGUUGGUGAUGGGAAUAAAGCAAAUAUGUGUAAGCAUCAAAACUAACCAUUAUUGCUCUAUUAAUGUAGUUGUUGACAAUUAAUUAAGUGUUUAGGUUAGUCCAUUACAU